AAAAACUGGUUAUUCCCUCAUGUCCGUGCGUAAGCAAAACCGGGCGUAGUUCCAUAAACCUUGGUACUCAGGUAGUGCAGGUUAGGAUACAAGGUGCACACAUUUUAACGUGACAGUCUGGAAUUGUUCAACUUGGAACAAAGUACGACAUGGACCAAUUCGAUUUGAGUGCAGCAAUGGAAGGGGAUUGCAAGAGUUCCUCCGGCCAGGAAGUGGAGGGCUUUUUUGAUAGGUUUAAAAAGGAUAAGAAGGACAAGGACAAGGAUGACUGCAAAGGCAAGGACCAUGAUAAAGACAAGGAUAAACACAAGGACCAUGAUAAACACAAGGACCGUGGUGAGGGCAAGCACCAUGAUAAACACAAGGACCAUGGUGAUGGCAAGCACCAUGAUAAACAUAAGGACCAUGGUGACGGCAAGCACCAUAAGGGCCACAAGAAGAAACACAAGGAUGGCAAAGCGAAGAAACAUGGAGAGUGCAAAGGGAGGAAACACAAGGAUGGUGGAAGUGGCUCCUCAUCCUCCUCAUCCUCCUCGUCAUCAUCUAGCAGCAAUGAAGACUGAAAGGACAAAAGAAAGAUGGAAGGGGAAAAAAAGUCUGGAUGACUCCAAUGCAUUGUGGGACAUUACGCAGACCACCCUAUCUGAUUUACUGCUAUAUGAUGCCUUAAUAUGUUGAUUUUACUGUAUGCUCAUCUUGAGUGUCUAUAUGUGUUAAUAAAAUCAGUCUUCUAUGAAA